AUGUCAGAUACCGCUGGCCCCGUCGUCCAGAGGGAGGUGGACUUCAUCCCCAUCGAGGAUCUGCUCGCCAUGUCCCCCAAAGACAUCUCCCAGGUGGCCAUGACAGGCAAAUACCCCCAGCGAAGAGGCCCCUGGUCCCCCGACGAGAGCUUCCGCCUCGUGACACUCAUCAACAAGACGGGCGCCCAGAACUGGGUCACCGUCGCCUCCUUCAUGGGCUCUCGCAACGCCAAGCAGUGCCGCGAGCGCUACCACCAGAACCUCGAUCCGUCGCUGCGGCACGACCCCAUCGCCGAAGACGAGGCCGCCAAGAUCAUGGACCUCUACCACCGCUACGGCUCGGCCUGGGCCCGCAUCGCUGAGCAGCUGCCCGGCCGCAGCGACAACGCCAUCAAGAACUACGUCAACGGCCUCGUCAACAAGACGCGGCGAGCCGAGGGCCGCCUGGCGGGCCAGCACCCGCGGCCUCGCACCACUGCCAGGAGACGAAGCUCUGCUGCUGCCGCCGCCGCCGCCCCUUCUUCCGUUCUUGCUGCUGCUUCUCUGUCAACGCCGUCAUCGGGCACUCCAGCAGUGGAAUCGCCCACCUUCUCCGACAUGGCAGAGUCGGACAGCGGAAACAACUAUUCACUCUCUUCCUCCUGGGGACAGUUCGCAGCCAGCUCUGGGCCUCAAACGUCUCAAAGAACAUCUUCCGAGUGGUACCGUCCUCUCAGCCAGUCUCCGGAACUGGCACACCCCCAUAUCCACCAUCCUGCUCCCCAUAGCCACCAAACCUUCAGAGUGUCUCCUUAUGGUCAGACACAGCCUCACCAGAACGGCUACCAGCAGGAGAGCUGGCGGCCCAUGUCCCGCUCCUCAGAGCCCUCAUCCACUCGACGCCUCAGCACAGAUCUGGCCAGAUUCUCUCUCUCUUCGCGCAGAUCGUCGCGAGACUCCAACAUGUUUACCCCAUCGCCGACCCUCAGCGCCACUUUGCCACACGGCCGCAGAGCCGAUCCCCGAAUGGCCAUUGGGAACCUGUUAGGUUAA